CCGCUGCUGCGGCGCCGCCUGCACUCGGCCGGGCGGCGGCGGCGGCGGGCUCCCCUCCCAGGGCGGCCGGGCGCUCCCGCAGCGGGACGACGCGCAGCCUCGGCUCCCGAGCUCGCAGCUUCGCGGCCCCCGCCGCGCCUCCCGCGCCCGGCCGGCGCCGCCGCUCCGCGCGGGGACAUGGUGUAGCGCCGGCCGCCGGCCGCCAGCCGCGUCCCCGCCCCCGGAGGAGAGGCCCGGCUCGCGACCCCCGCGUCCCCGGCCGCCGGGGAGCCGCGGGCCGCCGGCACCAUGAGUGAACAGAGUAUCUGUCAGGCAAGAGCUGCUGUGAUGGUUUAUGAUGAUGCCAACAAGAAGUGGGUACCUGCUGGUGGCUCAACAGGGUUCAGCAGAGUUCACAUAUAUCACCAUACAGGCAACAACACGUUCAGAGUGGUGGGCAGGAAGAUUCAGGAUCAUCAGGUCGUGAUAAAUUGUGCCAUUCCUAAAGGGUUGAAGUACAAUCAAGCUACACAGACCUUCCACCAGUGGCGAGACGCUAGACAGGUGUAUGGCCUCAACUUUGGCAGCAAGGAGGAUGCCAAUGUCUUCGCAAGUGCCAUGAUGCAUGCCUUAGAGGUGCUGAAUUCACAGGAAACAGCCCAGAGCAAGGUUGCUGCUACCCAGGACAGCACUAAUUUGCGAUGUAUUUUCUGUGUGUUCUAUUUAGGGCCAACAUUGCCUAGACAAAAUUCACAGCUACCUGCCCAAGUUCAAAAUGGUCCAUCACAAGAAGAAUUGGAAAUUCAAAGAAGGCAGCUGCAAGAGCAGCAGCGGCAGAAGGAGCUCGAGCGGGAGCGCGCCGAGCGGGAGCGCGCCGAGCGCGCGGAGCGGGAGCGGCUGGAGCAGGAGCAGCUGGAGCGCGAACGGCUGGAGCGGGAGCGCGAGCGGCAGGACCGGCUGGAGCGCGAGCGGCUGGAGAGGCUCGACCGCGAGCGGGAGCAGCGCGAGCGGGAGCAGCGCGAGCGGCAGGAGCAGCGGGAGCGCGAGCGGGAGCAGCGCGAGCGGCAGGAGCAGCUGGAGCGGCAGGAGCAGCUGGAGUGGGAGCGGGAGCGGGAGCGCAGGCUGUCCGCCGCCGCUCCGCCCUCCGACAGCUCCCCGUAUAGCGCGCCACUUCCUGCGUAUGCCAGUUGCCAGCCUCCUCCGGCACCUCCUCCAUCCUAUGCUAAAGUCAUCUCAGCUCCAGUGUCAGACGCCAGUCCUGACUUUGCUGUGGUGACCGCUUUGCCACCUACUUGCACGCCCCCCACACCGCCUCUUCGGCACUCAGCGACACGUUUUGCAGCAUCCGUAGGCUCAGCCUUCCACCCUGUUCUUCCCCAUUACGCUACAGUUCCUCGUCCUCUGAACAAAAACUCUCGGCCUUCUUCUCCCGUGAACACACCCUCUCCUCAGCCUCCAGCCGCGAAGCCCUGUGCCUGGUCUACUUGCACUGUGUCGCCCCUCCCUCCAUCUCCUCCGGUCAUGAUUAGCAGCCCCCCCGGCAAAGCCACCGGCCCGAGGCCUGUCCUCCCUGUCUGUGUUUCUUCUCCUGUGCCCCCAAUGCCUCCGUCACCAACAGCACCCAAUGGGCCGCUUGACUCUGUCACGUGUCCAGUGUCUCCGCCGCCUACCUCAGGGCCAGCAGCGCCGCCGCCGCCGCCGCCUUCCCUCGCACCGCGCGCGCACUGUGGAUCUCAAGCCUCUCCUCCUGCAAGCACCCCCAUUGCCUCAACUCCCUCCUCCAAGCCUAGUGUUCUCCCUUCUCCCUCUGCAGCUGCCCCCGCCCCUGCGGAGACUCCUCUAAACUCUGUGCUGGGGGACUCCUCUGCUUCUGAGCCGGGCUUGCAGGCAGCCUCCCAGCCGGCCGGGACUCCAGCCCCACAGGGCGGUGUCUUGGGACCACCCGCACCCCCACCCCCACCUCCGCUCCCGCCCGGCCCAGCCCCGGCCGCCGCGGCCCCGCCCCCCCACCCGGGGCCACCGCCUCCCCCUCCGCUUCCCGCAGCGGGGCCGCCCCCACCGCCCCCACCGCCCCCCCUGCCCAACCAAGUGCCCCCGCCUCCCCCUCCGCCCCCUGCGCCCCCGCUCCCUGCCUCUGGAUUUUUUGCGGGACCCGUAUCUGAAGACAAUCGCCCUUUGACUGGACUUGCCGCUGCCAUUGCCGGAGCAAAGCUGAGGAAAGUGUCCCGGAUGGAGGACUCCUCUUUCCCAAGCGGAGGGAGCACCAUCAGUGUGAACCCUGCCUUGUCCAAAUCAGAUACGGGUCGCGGAAAUGGACCCCUCCCAUUAGGGGGCAGUGGUCUGAUGGAGGAAAUGAGUGCCCUGCUGGCCAGGAGGAGAAGAAUUGCUGAAAAGGGAUCAACAAUAGAAACUGAACAAAAAGAGGACAAACACGAGGAUACUGAGCCCGCAACUGCUAAGGCCUCGUCGACAAGCACGCCCGAACCAACAAGAAAACCUUGGGAAAGAACAAAUACAAUGAAUGGCAGCAAGUCACCUGUUAUCUCCAGACCAAAAUCCGCACCUUCGUCACAGCCCAGUGCCAACGGCGUCCAGACAGAGGGGCUAGACUACGACAGACUGAAGCAGGACAUUUUAGAUGAAAUGAGAAAAGAAUUAACAAAGCUAAAAGAAGAGCUCAUCGAUGCGAUCAGGCAAGAACUGAGCAAGUCCAAUUCUGCGUAGAGAAACAAACCAAGGAGAAACAGGACUGUAGUUGGAGGAAGAAAAAAGACCCCUGUGAACAACAGCUGUUAAGAACAACCCCCUAUGUUUUGUGAGCCGCGAGAAGAAAGUGGAUCCGAACAGUCGGAAGGAGGAGACCCAGCACACUUGUGAGCCUCCAGACGCUGUUACUCUGGCGAUAAGCUGUUUCCCUCCCAGUUUGCUGCUGCUUUCUGACCUUUUCAACAGGAUGGAAGAAUCGGAUAAGAGUUCCUAUUUAACGGUUAUGCAGAAAAUCCUAAACCCAUCAGGCAGAAUCGCCGUGCAUUGAAAUAGUUUCAUGUCAAGACAAAAUCGCACGUUUUCCACAAUCCAUUGCUAAAAUAAAGAAGAGAAAGGCUUAAGAAGUUUGUUUUCAGAGAGUGCUGAUGAAGAAUUGAGCAAGUUACGCUAUUGUAUCGUAAAUGUUUCUCUCAGGUUUGUCUUCCUAUCACAUUUGAUAUUCCGUAAUCGAAGUCAGCCGUGUGGAGGUUAAGAUCCUAAACCGUGGAACAGAUGGAAUUGUAUGUGCUUUCAAAGGGUGAUAUUUAUAAGAAAGUGUCCAAAAAAAUGAUUUGUCUGGCUUGAGGAAUUUUAGAAUGAUAGGAAGUCUCUCGAGUUAGCCUUCAUGCAAUUUUGUAGAUUAAAACAUAAAAUUCAUCCAGAAUUUAAAGAUUUAGAUGCCUUCCUAAAUUGUUAAAAUGCUUUACCAAAUCUAUGACUCCUACAUAACACACACCAGUGGUCAAAUGUAAAACAAUAUAUUGUAGAUUUACUGUAGGUUUUCAACCUUUUUUAGAUUUAUGCAUGUGGACAUUUUUAUAAUGUAAUUACAACCACCACAAAAUUAGCUUUUUUAAUUGCAAACAGUAAUGCAUGUCACACUAAUACAUAGUGGCCUUUUCACUGGCCUGGUCCCAGGGAAAACAUUUUGUAGAGUGUAGGGGGGUGGGAGGAAGGGAAGGAAUAAUUUUUCAUUUAAAGUUAAUUUCUGCAUUGUCUUUUUUUCUCAAUUACCUGCAUGAAUAAUAAUGAGGAAUAUUUUGUGACUUUAAUUGGUAAAUAUGUUAGCAGAACCAAGUACUUAAUCUUUUACAUCAUGUCUUCAGCUGUUCGUAUGUUAACUUCAGUAAUUUCAAUGGUCUGAAACAUGAUUCUGAGCUUCGCACGAAUCACAUCGUCCUGUGGGACUCGAAAACUUGAUCCCUGAGUCUGAGGUGCCCUGCAGCCGGACAGCUGCUCAGGUGCGUGUUCUGACCAGGAAGCUGCGUCUGAAUUCUGUUGUGUGGAAAUACAAGGAGCGAGGUCAGCAGCGACUGAGGUCACAGGCAUCAACCAUGCAGCAGAGGGGACCAGCGAGGGGCUCUGAGUGGUUCUCCUGUCAUGACAGAGUGAGACUCAGGCGUGUGCAUGUGCGUUUGCAGUCCACGCCCUUCUCCUGGAAACGCGUGAAGAUUAAAAUAGGGGGGAGAUUCUCUAUGUUGCAAUGAUUUUUUGUUGUUGUUGUUGAAAGUUGAGGAAAUCAGAAAUUCUCCAGGCUCUCCAUCUUGAUUUAUCUUCAGUUAUGUGCCAUAUUUGCUUUGGAAUCUUUGAUUAUCUGGAGUUUUACUAAAGUUUUGCAGAAAUAAUCCAUUUUCAUCUGCUUUCUAGAUUUCGUAAUCUCAGUUGGUAGGGUGGAGCUUGUCCCUAGCAUAGUUUCCUAGAGGCUGCAGAUUUGCCGCCACGACCCUUCCAAGCGGUUUGAAUGAGGGGGGGGUUUUUUCCUGGUUACGGUAGUUCCCGUUUUUGUAGAAACUGCAGUUUUAGUUUAAUCUGUGAUGGAGGAGCUCUCAUCAUUCAGGUCGACAGUCAUGUUUUCUAUGCCUCUUCAUUGUCGGGCAGUAGUAAAGGCAUUCAAGAUGCAGCAGGCUUCUAAAGUACAGUUUUCUAGAAGAAAUAGGAGACAUUUUCAUCUUUAUUCUUGUACUUUUGGUAAUGCAGACACUUUGAUGGUAUAAACGCUUCUGUCCCCUAUAAAUCUGGUGAUAAAUCACUUGAUUUUGUUGGUUAAGUUAGUCUCUAGUAGGAUAGGAUUCUGGGUACACGUGGUCCAAAGUAAGAAAAAAGACUACAGUAAAGCGCUAGAUCUUAAAAAGGAACCGGUUUAUGCACUAACUGUCUCGUGCCUUGGUCUAACAUUAACAGGAUAUCUGUGUAAAAUGACAGAAAGAACCAGUGUUGAAUCACGCCAUUUUCCAUCAUUUUGCAUUAUCCCGGAUUGCUAAAUGUGUUCUUUAGCAAUUUGAUGAAAUCACUGUACACAUUCACUGUCCUACGUGACAGUUUUGUCAUUGUUAGAGAUUUCAGUAAUUAAGAUGGGAAGCAGAAGCUUAAGUUAUGUUCCUUAUCAGAGUGAGGUUCCUCGGAACCCCGUCAGACGAUGGUUUUCGUGCUCCAGUCCACGGGCUGUCUGAAGCUGAGUGCAGUUCAGGGGGUCCUUUCUGGUUACAGGAAGGCACUUCUUUCCUCAACACUGUGAUCUGACCCAUGACAAAUCCGUCCUGUGUGCUGUGUAAAUGGCCAACAGUCCAUCGCAAACCAACUGAAUGUACACCCCUUCCGCCGGUGCUGAUGCCUCUCCGGAAUGGCUGUCCGGAUCGCGGGUCGUCCACGCUUGGCAAGCACCCAGUGUCCGUCAGAACCGAGGACGAAACACUAAUGAAUGUUGGAUUCUCAUGCUUUCGGUGUGCUUCCUCUUUAGACUUUCGGUUCUCUGCCAUUUUUACCGUAUUGUUUCAUUUAAAUUUCCUACACGCUAACUUCGUUUGUGUGAUUGAAAUAAACUUGCAGUAUAUACAUGUU